AUGUAUCAGGAUCCGCGUGCCGAUGAAAAAGGUUUUUUCAAGGGACUUAAGGAAAAGGUGACGUCAAAAUAUAGCAAGUCAGACAAACCUACAUUCGGGAGUGGCCCCCCGGGAUCGGCUAACCCGCCAGAGGGGUGGAGUUUUGCUACUAAUCGUGGACCGACCGGUGGGAACUACGGUCCAACUCCUGCAGCGUACAAUCCCGAGGAACCGUAUCGGCCGACUGGAUUUGCUGGAGGAGGUUAUCGUCCUGGUAGUUACGGACCAGACCCGCGGGAAUCGGCUAGCUCGCAGCUUCGGGAGAAAUCAUACGAUGGUGACCGUAAAAAAGGCCGUGUGGGCGGCGCGUGGAGUGAUGCAGACGUGCCAUCGACUGGGAGUUCAUCAGGAAUGCCGCAGGGCGGCAGUCAUGAGAGCCGCGCUCAAAGUUUUAGUGGUAACUCGCGUGACUCACGGUCCUACCCGCGCAAUUCAGAUUAUGACUACGAUGACAACAAGCGCUCGGAGACUUCUCAGGUUCCUAGACCUUUUCCACAAUCUUCUGUUCAUGUUGGCCAGACCUCAGGGGCACAGUCGGAUGGCUCUUACGAACGUAAUCUGGUGACGGCGUUGUGUGCCCCUGGCGGCAUGCGUGCGGUUCCUCCGAAAGAUAAGAUGGACGCCUUUUUAAAAAGUGCAAUUACAUUGGAUGCUGAAAUUGUUGGACCGAUCCUGGAAGACUGCCUGUUGGACGACCAGUGGACGGUUGUGUCAAAGGCACUAGCUACAAUCGACGCGCUACUCAAGUCGGACGGGUGCGAAGAGUUUGAAGACUACUUCAGUGAGAACUUCCAUGAGAUCGAGUCUUGCGCUAAAUCAGAAAAAUCAGCCGUGCGUGAUCGUGCUGUAAAGGUGCUUAACCACCUUGGUAUUUCAGGUAGCUUUGGCGAAAACAUGUCUAGCCGUGACACGACUAAGAAGAGCAAGCCAUCCAAUCACACGAAGCAGCCAGCUGAAGGAGAAGCUGAUCUUUUAGGAGGGUUUGACGAGUCAUCUCCCGCAAACGCCAAUGACUCCCUCUUUUCGGGAUUACAGACAUCAGCUCCUUCCCAGCAAAUUGCACAGGAACCGUCACGGCCUGCUUCAUCAGCACACGACGUAACGGAUAUGUUUGGUGGAUUGCAGCUUCAAAGUAGUACUGCGAGUACUGCUUCAGUCCCUGAACCGUCUCAACCGGCUGCUUCUGCUCCUUCUACUAUUUCUGCAGCUCCCCCCACCGCCCCUGCUCCUGCGCCAUCAGCGAACAAAUCGAUCGUUUUGGAUCCGCUCCUUGAACCUGUACCGGCCGCGCCUGUGAUGAAUCAGGGCUUUGUGCCCCCAAUGAAUAUGAACAUGAACAUGAACAUGAUGAAUUUUAGCACGCCACAGCAAAUGGCACAGAUGCAGCAAAUGCAGCAGAUGCAGUACAUGCAACAAAUGCAGCAAAUGCAACAGAUGCAACAGAUGCAGUACAUGCAGCAAAUGCAACAAAUGCAAGGCAUGGGUGGGAAUCCAGGUUCCCAGGUGAUUGGAGCCGCGAUGACACCAACAGGCUAUAUUGCUAAGACAAUUCAGGAGCCAACAGAAGGCCUUGCGUCUGAUUCGGGUUUUGGUUUCAUGAAGAAACAGGAUGAUUCGUUUAAUUUCGUGAAGGACGCGAUGAAAAACAGUUAA